UAUCUUUUCCAUUUGAAAUCUAUCAAAAUCUAAACCACAAGACAACACUGCUCCACUAUGGCAACUGACAAGGACAGGGCACCGGAGAAGCUGAAACUGAGGACUGAAGUAGGGCUCCUGGGUGGGGUGUCCCUCAUUGCAGGGGUCAUGAUUGGAUCUGGAAUUUUCAAGUCUCCUCAGUAUGUGCUACUUUAUGUUGGGAGUCCAGGUGCAAGCCUAUUAAUAUGGGCUGCUAGUGGAGUGUUGGCCAUGUUAGCUUCCUUGUGCUAUGCUGAAUUGGGAACUGUGAUCCGUGAGUCUGGAGGAGAGUAUAUCUACAUCUUGUAUACAUCAGGAAACCCCAUGGCCUUCAUUUUUGCUUUCACCUCUAUUGUUGUGGUGAAACCAAACAGCAUCGUUGCGGUGGCACUUGUCUUUGCCCAAAAUGUCCUUGCGCCUUUCUAUCACGAAUGCCCGCCACCAGAUGGAGCAGUGAAGGGUUUGGCAGCCACAGGUAUUCUGUUCUUGGCAGUUGUGAAUUGUUCGAAUGUGCGCUUCUCCAUGGCAGUCACAGUAUUCUUCACGGCCAUAAAGGUGCUGGCUUUGGUAGUGAUCAUGAUUGGGGGAAUUGUGCUACUCAUUCAAGGGAACACCUCCAACAGCCUCCAGAACUCCUUUGAAGGGACCAAACUGAGUGUCAGGCCCAUUGGAAUAGCAUUCUACCAAUGUUUGUGGUCCUACAGUGGGUGGAACACCUUAAAUCGGGUUACUGAAGAGAUGAAGAAUCCUGAGGUGAACCUGCCAAGGGCCCUGAUGAUCGCUAUUCCCAUGGUAACAAUUCUGUACCUACUGGUCAAUGUCAGUUAUCUGGUUGUCAUGACGCCCACUGAGAUGAUAUCAUCCAGUGCUGUAGCUGUUACUUGGGGGAAUAAAGUUUUAGGAGGAUGGGGCUGGAUAAUGUCUGUGGCUGCAGCACUCUCAGCUUUCGGAUCUCUAAAUGGAUCUUUCUUCAGUGGAGGAAGAGUGUGCUAUGUAGCAGCAAGAGAGGGACACAUGCCAGAUAUUCUGGCCAUGGCUCACAUGCGCCGGCUCACUCCAUCUCCAGCCCUCAUUUUCACCACAGUAAUUUCUCUUAUUGUGCUCAUUCCCGGAGACUUCCAGAGCAUAGUCAACUUCUUCAGCUUCACUGCCUGGUUCUUCUAUGGGGUCACAUUUUCAGGCCUUCUGUAUUUAAAAAUCAAGAAACCUGAACUUCCACGAGCAAUAACGGUGCCCAUCAUCAUCCCUAUCCUUGUGUUGCUGGCUGCUGUGUUUCUGGUGCUGGCACCCAUAAUUGAUGACCCUCAGAUUGAGUACCUCUAUGUGACCCUCUUCAUCCUGAGUGGAAUGCUGCUUUACAUCCCCUUCAUUCACUUCAAGCUGUUCCCAGGAAUACUGGAUAAACUCACAGUCUUCCUCCAACUCGUACUGGAGGUGGCACCCACUGACAAAAACCUGUGAUGCUGAGGGAACAGUGUCAAUUCUAUUGCUUUUCAACUUUUACUCAACCCAGCAAGCCUUGCAAUAUUUUUGACAAGGAGAGAGAAAUGCAUCCACAAUUCUAAAUGCAAUAUAUGUUUGAUUUACUACACUGUGUAAAGGAGAAACAAAAACAUAUGAAUCAUUCAACAUUUCAAUUCUAUCCUUAAAAUGGUAUGGCUCUUGAAAAUGUGAUAAUGACAAUGUUUUUUGUUAUUGUUUCUCUGUGUAUCAAAAAUCAAAACAUCUGUCUUAAUAAUUACUGUUUUCUAAAACAAUGACAGGAAGGUGUGAAAAUGCUUAAAUGGCAUCUUAUGAUGUCUUAUUAAAUUAAAUCUUAAAGGAAUAGUUCACUCAAAAAUUGAAAUUCUCACAUCAUUUACUCAACCUCAUGCCAUCCCAGAUGUGUAUGACUUUCUUUAAUCUGCUGAACUCAAAUUAAGAUUUUUAGAAGAAUUUCUCAUCUCUUUUGGUCCAUACAAUGCAAGUGAAUGGGUGCCAAAAUUUGAAGCCAAAAAUCAGCAUAAUAGUAAUCCAUACCACUCCAGUGGUUAACCAUAUCGUCAGAAGCGAUAUGAUAGGUGUGGGUGAGAAACAGUGUAAUUUUUUGCAAUAAAUUAUCCUCCCUGCUCAGUCAGCCUCCACAUGAAAAGCCACUUUCCCAUUUUUCUUCUUGUAUUUUUGGUGAUUCACAUUCUUCAUGCAUAUUGCCCUCUUACUAGGCCAAGAGAAUAAUAAUGUCACAUGACAACUCUGGGGAAAUAUAUCAAUAUAAAUUAGUAUAUCUUGGGAUCUUAAUCCAAUUGAGAACCUGUGGUCAAUCCUAAAAGGCGAGUGGACAAGCAGAAGCCCACAAAUUGUGAUCAACUCCGAGCACUAAUAAGGCAAGAAUGGAUCGCCAUCAUUCAGGAUUUGGCCCAGAAGCUGAUAUCCAGCAUGCCAGAGCGAAUUGCAGAGGUUAUGAAGAACAAGGGUCAACACUGUAAAUACUGACUCUCUGCAUUAGUGUUGUCACAGUACCAAAAUUUCAGUAGUUGGUACCAAUACCAGUGAAAUUUCAUGGUACUCGAUACCAUUUUCGGUACCAAAGCAAAAACAGGUUACUAAACAACACUCUUUUAUUAACAAAGUCUACAUUACUACAUUAGCAGCAGAACUAAGAACAAAAAUAUGCCAUUGAGCAACACUUUAAUUUAAAUAUAUUAUUUAUUAAUUAUAACAAAACUGAACAAUGUAUGCUUAAAGUUGAACACUUAUAUAAGAUUUGCUUCAACUUUUGCAACUUUUCAUUUAAGUUUUUACCAAGUACUAAAAAAAAAGCCUAAAUGAACAAGCAUACAAUAGAAUUAAUAAAAAACUAUUUCCAAACUAAUGUGCAAAGUGCUCUCUUAUUAAUAAAGCUGCAUAUUGCCAAUUUUCUUCAUGAUAAGAAAUGCACAGUGACAUAUAUUAUGAUUAAAUAAGUCACGAGUAAGUUCUAAUUUAGCUGCAUUUAGCGUGCGCGCGCGAGGGAGGAGUUCCCCGAGGCAGAGUCUUUCUCAGCCGGUGAAGUUUCAAUCUCUCCCCCUUAGAUCGGGACAUUCGCGCAACCCAUAGAAGAGGCACCGACCACACAGAGAAAUGCCAGUUUCUGAGUUUAUAGUUAUUAACAUGACCUGCUUCUGUAUUAUUUGAACUUUAAUAAAGCAAUUUUACUGCAUUUA